AUGGCGUCCCCAUUCGACACUGGAAUGUCCCGGUACUCGCCCGAGAUGACUUCCAACUUCCAGAGACCUGGCUCCUCCAGGUCAAGAACACACAGCAUCUCGAGCGACAGGCCCUCGACCGCCGCCAUGAGCAUACUGUCGCCCCCCUUGUCCGCUUCGCCAGAGGCUGCCUUCAUCGCUGCCUCCGCUGCCUCCCAGAUCGUUACCAACGACCAUGACAGCCAUGCCGAUACAUGGUACGACCAGCACGGUUUCCAGCCCUCGGGAGAGACCGUACUCGUCUCCCUCGCCGCCCUGCGCCUGGUCAACGGCUUCCUUGACCACCUCCUCUUCAACUUUCUCUCCAGGUCUGGAUCCACCACCCUGGCCGCUCUCCGGCCCGCCGUCACUGAGGUCCUCAAGCCGAAGCUCGCCAAGGAUGCCAUCAAUAACGCAGAUGAGGAGCUGAGGGAGUACCUAGGCGGCGGCGAUGACGACGAAUUCCUGCACUCGCAAUCCUCGCCUUCGCCAAGAGACUGGGACCUGGAGCUCGUCUGGAAACGAACCAGGCUGAGGUGCAUGGUUUAUUCCUCCUUGGGCGACAUGGAAGAGGAGGACGAGGACCAUCACAUGGAAGAAGGCCUGCUCAGCGAUGACGAUGAGAACCUCAGCGGGGCCGUGUCCCCUGCGGUCGCCAUCUUUCUGACCUCGAUUCUCGAGUUUCUGGGUGAGCAAGCCUUGAUUUCUGCUGGCCAGGCAGCCUGGCAUCGGAUGCGUGUCAACUACGAGAGAGACCAGAAUGAUGGUAUCAAGGGCCGUUCGGAUGUUGUGGAUAGGAUUGUCGUCGAUGAAGUCGACAUGGAGAGGGUGGCCCUGGACCGAACGUUGGGCAGGCUCUGGAGGGCCUGGAAGAAACGGAUAAGGUAUCCUGUGUACAGCUCUGCUGAGAUGUCGCCACAGUCUCUGUCGCGAGAGAGGGUAAUGCAUUUCAGACAGAGCAGCGUGUCCGCCGAAAGCGCUGUACCACCCGCGGUACAGGAGUCUGCGCCCGAGUCCCCUGCCGCAGAGGCCCAAGAAUCGUUGGCAGAGAGGGCCACCGCGGAGGAGGAUGACGUUCAGCCUGCAGCAGUUCCACUCCCAAUGAGUGAGAGAGACAUCGAUGAAAUUGAGGUGCCUGGCCUCGUGCACUACAGCGACGAAGAGACGGAAGAAGAUGAGCCCCAAGAGUUGGACGCCGUUACACGACCCAAGAGCAUGAUGAUAUUCCCGCUGGCAACGAAGGCUGAGCCUCCGACACCUACGUCCGAGCCACACACUCCAACAAGAGCAACGAGGAAGCGCGCUAACUCUCUCCCGACGCCGGCUGCCUCCCCCGACCAGCGCAGGAAGGCCACGGCUCAGGCGAAGGAGACUGCUGAGGCGCCGAAAGCAGCAGGUCAGGUUGAUGUGGCCGAGACCCCAACUGAGCAGGUGGAAGACGGCACUGAGCAUAGCGCAGCCAUUGUGGAGGAAAUCGACAAUCAGGACGCGGAGUCCGCCACCGGUGACCGCGUCAAGACCCCUGAGGUGCCCCCCGUCGAUGGAGAUGGUGCAGAGCCUCAGCCUACGGGGCUUAUCCCCAAGAUUGUUGGGGCCGUCGCCGCGCUCGCCACAGGAGCUGGCGCAGGGGCUGUGGUUGCAGAUCGCAGUGAGCGCGUCGAGACCAAGGAUGAUGGAGACGAUUCGGACUUUGAGGUUGAGGAGGCCCAGAUAUUGACUUCCUCCAGGAUUUCGAUCGGGACUAACAUCUCGAACCGGAGGUCCCUGAGGCUGGUGAAUGUUGCUAGUCCACGGACCCCUUCCAUCAGGUCUCAGAUGAGCUCGGCUCAGGAGCAAAGCAAUAGCUCCUACUCGCGGUCUGGAGAAGUCUCGAGGGCUAGCAGCAUCCAGACCCAGUCCAACGUGGAGGACUCGCGGCCCGCCGAAGACGGCCGUGGUGUCCAAGUCCCUGUCACAAGCUCAUCAGCCGUGCCGCGCAGCACGGUUGCACUGCCAAUUUCUGAGGCCGAGGAAAGGGCAGAAUCUGCGACGCGAAAACUCCCGCCGACCCCUGCGCCCUCCGCGGUCGUAGCACCUCGAAGGGAGGCAGCAACUGAAGCACAGCCUGUCGUUAACGAAGAGCACCAAGGGCAACACACACAAGCUCAACCCCAGGCAACACAGCCUCUCUUUGGCUCAUACACGUUGACGCCGGAGAACAUGCGUGAAAUAGAGGGCUCACCGAGAACUGUACCAUCUGGCGUACCUGGCAAGGGGAGAAAGAGCGAAGAUGCUCGCCAGCCAACAAGGGACCGAGCUGCUUCAGCUGCUACGACCAAGUCGGAUGCCAGGGUUCCUCGUGAAUCACUGGUUGAGUUUGCCGAGUUCAUUCGUGCAACUGGUCCCUCUGGCGCGGACGCGAACCCCACGCCGCUCAAGCGGAACCAGAGUGUCAUGGCGAACCGGACAACUCCACGCCAGAAGCCGAGCGCCAACAUGAGCCUCGACUACGGACGUCCUUCGAUGGGCGGGAGCGUCAGCAGGGCUCGUCUGCAGGCCAGAGGUGCUACAGUCGACAAUGACAGCGACAACUCCGACCUGAUUGAUUUCAUCCGCCGCGGCCCACCCAGCACUGGUAACAACAACCCUCGCAUCCCCCGGACGGUGGCGCCUUUCCGCACAACCAUGGAUUCGGACCUACUGAAAUCGGCCGUUGGUGGCAAGGCCAUGGAUGCCACCCUCCCUGACAUACACGACACGCGCUACAGCCAGGCCUCAACAAACGUCACCGAAAUGUCCGCGCCGUCUGUUCAGUCCUCUAUCAACUCUCAGAGCGCUCUUCUUUCAAGGAAACAGCCGCCGGGACAGUCGGGCAACCCAUUUGACGAACCAGAUAUGAUGCCGCAGCGCAAGCAACACCGUGUUCGGGAUCCUUAUGCCAUUGACUUGAGCGACGAGGAGGAAGAGGAUGACGAUUUCGAUCCUCUGCCGCGGAGAAAGCCACAGCAGCCCAAGGAGGAAAGCUUGAUUGACUUCCUGAACAGCGCACCGCCACCUCCCGAGUCAGCCCCUGUCCCCUUUAAUCUUCCCCGGACACAAACCAUGCCUGCACAGGCUACACAGGCACCCAAGAAAAAGGCCAGUGCGCCCAGUUUAAUGUCGAGAUUCCGACAGAACAGCAGCAACCAUAAUAGCAGUGCAGCUGCAGGCAACUCGAACGGGUUGAAGAGCCCCACCAAGUCGCAGAAGAAGGGUAGCGUGCCGGCAGCUAGCAAGGGCUAUAUUCCUAUCCAGGUCAACAUCCCCACCGGUGGUGACCUGUUUCCUUCCUACGGCUCAAGCAGCACGGCCACGGCUGCGCCUAGCAUGCCACCCAGCACGUCCUCGUCGCGGCCCAGUGGGCGCGUGCCAAUGAAGAGGUUUGAGCCUCGCGAUGCUGUCUCCGUGCCCUCGCGUGGCACCUCCGACCUGGCCGAUUUCCUUCGGAGCUCUGGGCCCCCACCGACGAUGAACACGCCGCCUUUCGCUGCUGAGCAACCCGAGACCAACGCCGGGUCAAGGUUAUUUGGCCGCCGGAAGAAGUCAAUGGGUUUCGCAUAG